UAUACAACUGUAUCUUUAAACCUAGAGAAAGGCUGUUCUUUGACUUUGUUUUGCAAAAAGAAAGAACAGAAUCAUCUUAUCAAAUCUUCGCAGCCAAUAGCAGCCAAUAGUUUUUUAAGGUAAUUCCCUUCAGAAAUGCGCUACUAGAAGUUUAAGUGCUGUCUUCAUUACAAAACAAUUCACGCAGCAACCCACGCAGGUCCGAAGAACUUUAACAGGUUCUCAUUAUAAACGUUUUAUAUAAUUCAAUUAUUUCCAAUAUGAUCCGUCCGGAAUUGUGACCAGCAAGGACAUAACUCUAUAAAUAUUUUGUAAGCCUGGACCACUAUAAGUAAAAUUUUGCUAAAGCCGUAACUAUGUUUGAUAGUGGGCCGCAAGACUAAAAUGGGUAAAACAUAUGUUGCGGUAUGCAAUUUCGCAUUUUUCUAAAUAAGAUUAAUAAUUAUCAAAAUCCUCAUAUCAAAGAGUGGUUAUCAAAGCCGGUUAAAAAAUCUCUGCUUCAGAAACACACACCUGUUGUUAGAGUGUUGACUCACCAAUUUUAUCAAUGAUUAACUUCGUUUUAAUCAACAUGCAGCGACAAUUUUGAAUUGUGAAUUCAACGCAAAUAAUAUGCAUUUAACUUUUUAGGGAGAUGCACAGCAAGUUUAUUAUUUAUGUUUAUAUCAAACUCGUUCUAAAUAACUUUAUUUUGGAAUUCAUCUAUUUUAACGAGUGUAAUUGAACAUAUAAGAACAUUGAAAAAAAGAAGACAUCUAAUUUGAAAAAAAAAGUUGUAACUGCCCUAUUGUCCACAAGAAAAAAAGGGUACUCAAGCAUAAACAUCCGCAAUUAUGAAUAGAUUUACACCAGAUCAAAUUCGCGAAUACAACGAUGCGUUCUGUUUACUGGACUCCCAAAACAAAGGAUUUAUUUUGAGCACUCAACUUCGCGAUAUGUUAAAAACAAUUGGUUACAAUCCGACAGAUAAAGACUUGGAGAAUUUAACGAUUCUAGUUGAUGAUGGAAAUGGUGAAAUCGACUUCAAUGAAUUUAUGGACUUGAUUGAUAGACUUGAAACAGAGGAGAAAAAUCAGCAAGAAGCACGGAUUGCAUUUAACGCGUUUGAUUUCAUGGGAGAAGGAUUCGUUGCUGCUAAUGAUAUAAAAGAAGCAUUAGUUCAUAUCAUGGAGAAAGCUGAUGAGAAAGACCUACAAGCUGUUAUUAAACAUUUUAAAUUGGAACAAAAUCGAAAAAUCAGUUUUCCAGAAUUUAAAGAUAUGAUGACGUUACCUGCCAAUAAGUAACACACGAAAAUAAAGAAAUACAUUUUGUAAAUAGUUGUACGAAGUAAAACAAGUUAAUAUAUCUAAAAAAAA